UGGACGAGCGGCAAGGAUCGUCGACGGGAAGAGAAGAGAAAAGGAACAAGAUCCUAGAUAUCCCCCACCUCGGACGUAGAGGUGGUCCACGGAACCGCCUCCGCGAUCUACCAUCCAACGUUUGGUGCGUGUGCCAGACGUGUGCUCGUCCGUUUCUGCCUCUUUCGUACGGACCAACCUGUGCGGUGCACGUUCCCUGAAUGAACCUUACCAUCCUCGUCGAUCCGCGUUCGUCUUUCUUCUCUAGUCGGUCGGUUAACCAUCGGAGUAGUUGGUAUCGCAACGCCGCUCCUCUUCCAUCGACGCGUUCCAAUUUUAUUAUCGAGAUCGUUUCUACGAUUACGUUUUAUAUCACGGAUUUACUUUAUUAUCCCGGAUCCGAAAGGAGAAGAAGGAAAAAAGAAAUAUAUAUAUAUAUAUAUUCCAUGCGCGAAACUUUCGGUUCGGAUACCGCGUGAACGAUAUUCGGAUCGAGUGAGAUAACGGGAGAAGAAGAGGAACAGGAAGAGGAAGAAGAAGAAGAAGAAGAAGAAGAAGGAGGAGGACCGAGUUGAGAAAGAGUGGCGGAAAUCGAUGGAUUAGGCCGAUAGGAUCCCGUCCGGUCCUCGAGAGGAAGGACAAGGGUCGGUUCGUGAUAAAUUACGGCACGAUAACCUCGGAUUAAUUGGUCCAAUUGGUUUCUUCGUUACGAGAUUGUGAUUGGAUUCGUUGCGAAACACGCGAUCGCGUUUUACGCGAAGGAAGAAGAGCAGUGCGGUUCGGGGAUAAAUCGAAGCGACGAUAAGUCGAUUAUUCGACGGUUGAUCGCAUCGAUCGGCAACGAAUGUGAACCGUACACUCUGUAUCUGUCGUGUAAGUAAUUCUCUUUCGACGAUCGAGGGAAGCUCGAGAUGGAAAACUAUCAUCACGGUAACGACAUAUCGGGUACGACGGAAACGGAAGCCGGACCAUCGAGCACCGAGCAAUGCAGCAACGAGCAAUGCGCUAACUCGUUGGACGACGCAGUGGGCAAACUGCUUCAAGGCUAUGACUGGACCUUGCUUCCGGUCACUUCUCGCGCGGGCGGUCGACGAAGCGCCCACGUGAAACGUCCGAUGAACGCGUUCAUGGUUUGGGCUCAAGCGGCGAGACGCAGAUUGGCGGAUCAAUAUCCACAACUUCACAACGCUGAACUCUCGAAAACGCUGGGAAAACUGUGGAGAAUUUUAAGCGACGGUGAGAAGCAACCGUUCAUAGAGGAGGCUGAAAGAUUGAGGAACGCGCACAAAAAACAACAUCCGCAUUACAAGUAUCAGCCGCGUCGACGGAAACCAAAAUCGGAGGAACAAAUGGGGAUCGUGAUGCAUCGGACCGCCUUAUCCUCUCCAGCCACGUCUCUGGAUUCCACCAACUCGUCCGAAUGCGCGUAUCCUCGUCUAUAUCCAGAUACCGGGAUCAAAAUGUACGAGAGGCCGACUUAUCACGACAACAAAAUCAAUUACGACGUUUCGAGAUCAAGUUGGUCGAACGACACGAGCAAAUACCCGGCCGAUCAUUCGAUCGUAGAAAGUAAACCGUACGAGGGUGCGAGAUACGAAUCGAACGUGGCCAAGAGCUGCUACGUGGACGCAAAGUGCUACGAGACGGUCAAAUAUCAUCACGAGGUAUCCGCCGCUGUCAAGUAUCACGAAGCGAUUCCAAAGUAUUCGGAAUUGCAAACGAAAUCGGCUUACGAUCUACCAAAAUAUCCCGACAAUCCCUUAAAAUAUCCCGCUGACGUUACCAGCCCGAGUAAAUCGUACGCGUGCGUACACGGCCAUUAUGCAUCCGCUCCCGAGGGAUACACGGUGCACGAAGAGAAUGAGUAUCAAACGCAGGGAGUCUCGACCCAUUCUUUUUAUCCGUAUAUUUCCGCAUCCAUGACGCAACCACCUUAUUACAUGGGUCCACGAUAAAUCUGGAACUAAGAUCGGAAGGAUGGAUAGCCCGUUGUCCGGGCCAUUGAUAGUUAAACGGUUAAACCGCUUAGCAACGUUUACUUCUUUCUUUCUUUCUUUCUUUCUUUCUUUCUUUCUUUUUUUUUUCCUAUUUAUUCUUUGACAAACAACCAAAUAAAUAAACGAUUAUACCGUUAAUACAUCUCUACUUCAAAUUAACAAAACAUUUCCUCUAUCUACUUUGAAUAAUAUUAUAAUUUACUAUUGUUAUCGCUUUUUAUUAUACAUCAUCGCAACCAUCGCUGGUACAAAUUGUCCUUCAUCGUUGCUCUUCACUUUCGAAAAACGAGAAUACGCUUACACGUUUUAUACAUAUAUAUCGUGAAAUCUAAAAGUAAGUAUUUUCAUAAGUAAGUAUUCUACUAGAGAG